AUGAGGGACGUGCUCGGGUCUGGGUACCGACGGAGCCUCGUCCAUCUUGCCUGGAUGUGCCUGAUCUCCUCCGUGACGCACGGCGGGGCCAAGGUGCUGGAGAAGACCUUCGAGGAGUGGAUGCGGUACCGCGAUGAGUGCUUGAGGAGGAUGGCAAGCGAGCCCUACCCGGCAGGGCUCUUCUGCAACCGGACAUUUGACAUGUACGCCUGCUGGCCUGACGGGAGCCCUGGCACCGCUGUCAACGUCUCCUGCCCCUUCUACCUGCCCUGGUUUGAGAAAGUGAAACACGGGCUGGUGAGCCGCAGGUGUGGUGCCGACGGGCAGUGGGUGACGGUGAAUGGCAGCCAGCCCUGGCGGGACUACUCGCAGUGCGAGGAGGAGAUGGAGUCCACCAUGGAGGAGGAGGGUGCCCGCCGGCUGAUGGUGAGCUUCAAGGUGCUCUACACCGUGGGGUACUCGCUGUCGCUCCUGACCCUCGCCGCGCUGGGCUGCCGGGCGGCGCAGGUGCUGAUGCAGUACUGCAUCCUGGCCAACCACUACUGGUUCCUGGUGGAAGCCGUCUACCUCUACAAGCUGCUGAUCGGGGCAGUCUUCUCCGAGAAGAAUUACUACAGGCUCUACCUCUACCUGGGCUGGGUCUUCCUCAACUCCUUCCAGGGCUUCCUGGUGGCCGUGCUGUACUGCUUUGCCAAUAAGGAGGUACGUACCCGCUGCAGCUUCUCCUGCCCAGCGCUGGGGCUCAGCCCUGCCUCGGCCGGUGGCUUUGCCAUCCCACCCCUCGCCGGCUCGGGGAACAUCUGCCUCGCAACCACUGUCAGCGUUGGGAUCUUGGCACUGACAAACCAGACUGCGAGUCUCUGCUGUAAAGCAUGCACCACAAAAACGAGUUCUUUGGGACUGAAUAACAUGAUCACAAACAACCCCUGA